CCCGCGCAGCGGCCGCACCUACUUCAAAGGCCGCUUGUUGGGCAAGGGCGGGUUUGCCCGCUGCUACGAGGCCACCGACACUGAGAGCGGCAGCCCCUACGCGGUCAAAGUCGUCCCGCAGAGCCGAGUCUCCAAGCCGCACCAGCGCGAGAAGAUCCUCAACGAGAUCGAGCUGCACCGAGACCUACAGCACCGCCAUAUCGUCCGUUUUUCACACCACUUUGAGGAUGCCGAGAACAUAUACAUCUUCCUGGAGCUCUGCAGCCGAAAGUCCCUGGCCCACAUCUGGAAGGCCCGGCACACCCUGCUGGAACCCGAGGUGCGCUACUACCUGCGGCAGAUCCUCUCCGGCCUCAAGUACUUGCACCAGCGGGGCAUCUUGCACCGGGACCUCAAGCUGGGGAAUUUCUUCAUCACCGAGAACAUGGAGCUGAAAGUGGGGGAUUUUGGGCUGGCAGCUCGGCUAGAGCCCCUGGAGCAGAGGAAGAAGACCAUCUGUGGCACCCCCAACUACGUGGCUCCAGAAGUGUUGCUGAGGCAGGGCCAUGGCCCCGAGGCAGACGUGUGGUCGCUGGGCUGUGUCAUGUACACGCUGCUGUGUGGGAGCCCCCCCUUUGAGACCGCAGACCUGAAGGAGACCUACCGCUGCAUCAAGCAGGUUCACUACACGCUGCCCGCCAGCCUCUCACUGCCUGCCCGGCAGCUCCUGGCUGCCAUCCUCCGGGCCUCCCCCCGAGACCGCCCCUCUAUUGACCAGAUCCUGCGCCACGACUUCUUUACUAAGGGCUACACCCCUGACCGGCUCCCUGUCAGCAGCUGUGUGACAGUCCCAGACCUGACACCCCCCAAUCCGGCAAGGAGUCUGUUUGCCAAAGUUACUAAGAGUCUUUUUGGCAGGAAGAAGCGCAAGAAUAAGAGCCGUCCCGAGGAGAGGGAGGAGGUCUCCUGUUUGGUGAGCGGCCUCAUGCGCACGUCCCUUGGCCAUCGGGGCGCCAGGCCCGAGGUGCCAGCAGCUCCUGGUCCAACCCCGGCGGGCCUGGUAGAGACAGUAGCUGAAGAUAGCUCACCCCGGGGGACACUGGCCAGCAGUGGAGAAGGUUUUGAAGAGGGCCUGACAGUGGCCACAGUGGUGGAGUCGGCGCUCUGCGCUCUGAGAAACUGUGUGGCCUUCAUGCCCCCAGCGGAACAGAACCCUGCCCCGCUGGCACAGCCGGAGCCUCUGGUGUGGGUGAGCAAGUGGGUUGACUACUCUAACAAGUUCGGCUUUGGGUACCAACUGUCCAGCCGCCGCGUAGCGGUGCUCUUCAAUGACGGCACGCACAUGGCCCUGGCAGCCAACAGAAAGACGGUGCACUACAACCCCACCAGCACAAAGCACUUCUCCUUCUCUGUGGGUGCUGUGCCGCGGGCUCUGCAGCCUCAGCUGGGCAUCCUGCGCUAUUUCGCCUCCUACAUGGAGCAGCACCUCAUGAAGGUGCGUAGGCUGGGGUACGGCACACUGAGGACUAAACGGCUGCUCCCUCUGAUUCUCCUUUGGGGGUGGAGUACAAAGGGUGGAGAUCUGCCCAGUGUAGACGAGGUAGAGGCACCCGCGCCGCCCUUGCUGCUGCAGUGGGUCAAGACGGAUCAGGCCCUUCUCAUGCUGUUCAGUGACGGCACAGUCCAGGUGAACUUCUAUGGGGACCACACCAAGCUGAUCCUCAGCGGUUGGGAGCCCCUCCUUGUGACUUUCGUGGCCCGAAACCGCAGCGCUUGUACUUACCUCGCCUCGCAUCUCCGGCAGCUAGGCUGCUCCCCAGACCUGCGACAGCGACUGCGCUAUGCCCUGCGCCUGCUCCGGGACCGCAGUCCAGCCUAGGCCCCAGCCUGCAGAGUGGCCGUGUUCCAAGCCCUGGGGCCUAGGCCUGUGCCUGUUAAGGUUCCAGUCCUUGCUUUUGUGGCCCUCCCUGUCCCUUUGGUGCCUCGCUGGGGGCUCUGGGCUGAAUCCCCCAAGGAAUCAGGGACCAGCUUUACUGGAGUUGGGGGUCGCCUACCCUUGCUGUUUCUUACCCCCCUCUCUGAGAUAAGCCUGAGCCUUAGCCCCCAGCUAGGGGGCAUUAUUUAUGGACCACUUUUAUUUAUUGACAGACAUUUAUUUAUUGGGAUGUGAGCCCCAGGGGGGUUCUCCUCCUGGAAAUAAUAAACCAUUUUGCAGAA